AUGCAAGACCUUCCCGAUCAUGUAUGGUCCCUCAUCUUCGACCACCUCGAGUACCCCAUCAGAGAGUCAAACUUCUCACACGAGAUCAAAUACACGCACCAUGGGUCUGGAAUCGAAGCACUAAACCGGCUCUGCCAAACCUCCUCCCGGUUCCUGCCCCUCGCUCAGCGGGUCCUCUAUCGCAGCCUGCCAUUCAUCAGCCCUGCCAAUCAGAAACGUCUCCUAGAUACCCUCCACAAGCACACUCACCUCAGAGAGCUUGUCCAGUACAUCUUCAUGGGGGACGGCAUCAUGUCCCGUAACGAGUUCGUCAAGCUAAUCAUCCCGUACUAUUCCGAGACACUGGAGCGGGCUUCGUUCGUACCAGACGGUCUCGAGGCCGCGAUCAAGGGCGUGCCCGAAGGCGAAGAAUGGCAGGAUUCCGUGACGGAUAUCUGGUUCGCGUACUGCGCUAUUCUGCUGCCCAACUUGAGGCUGAUCGACUACGAGACCCGAAACUUCGACGAGCACUUCCCAGCCAUUAUUCGCAAUGCAGCGAAGCGGAGGACAGAGGCAUCUGUCGCACCGCGGGAGGCUACUUUGGCGUCACAACCGCAGCCCGGCUCGGUCGCGUCAUUGCCACCUUCCCAACCGCUUUCCAAACUGAGAGAGUUCCGCAUCAGCAAUCAAGACACGGAGUUCGCGGUGCGGCUGGGUGGUAUCCAGGAACUCUUCCUCCUACCGGAGCUGCAGAUAUUCCGUGGCUGCGCCGUGGAACUCAAAACCAAGCUGGCAAGGCAAACACCUCGACCAAUAAGCACCCUGAGGCAUGCGUACCUCGAUAACUCUCUCGCCGAAGCCGCCGGCGUCGGCGACCUCCUCCGCACAUGUCCCGACUUGCAGACGUUGUCGAUAUACUGGGGAUCGGCCACGGUGGGCGACAGCGAACUCAACUUUGAUCACUUCGGCAAGGUCCUCCGGGAACACGGACAGAACCUCGAAACACUGGAUCUUGACUGCACGGAAUGUUUCUCGUAUGAAGGGGGAGAAUGGAAUGGCAAGAUCGGCGACCUCACGCCCCUGAAGCGUCUGAAGUAUCUCACGUUGCCCCUGGAUAUCAUGCUCGGGAGCGAGGAUGAGCUUAGCGGGAUGGACAAUAUCGGCGACAGUGACGACGAAGGUGGUGAGAACGUCGAGACUGUUCCGAUUACAAAAGAUAGCUUGGAACCGCUUCUGCCGGAGUCCCUGGAGAAGUUGCGGUUUUACAGCGGCUACGACGAAGCUGACUGGGUACGCGACAGUAUUCAGGGUGUUCUGUCUAGUCAACGGCUGAACCAACUCAAGAGAUUGCAGUUUGAUCUUGGCGUGACGCUUGAUGUGGGAUGGGAUAAGACUGGUUGGUUGAGCAAGAGAGCUGCUGGCCAUAAGCUGUUCUAUAGAUGA